GUAACUGCCUUGAUAAAAAUUUGGAAAGUAUUUACAAUAAACUAAAAGAUUAAAGUGUUAAACUUCUAAUUUGCCGAUAUCUCUUAGAAUUGACAAAAUUCACCAUGCCGUCUUGGAUACCGAUGGAAUCUAAUCCAGAGGUUAUGACAAAGUUUUUACAUAAAUUAGGUGUAUCGAAAGAUUGGUCUGUGGUUGAUGUUUACGGCCUAGAACCUGAUUUAUUAGCACUUGUACCUAAACCAGUCGCUGCUGUUAUUUUACUUUAUCCUUUAUCUAAAGAGGUCAGAGAUCAUUUAUAUUCAGAUGAGAGCUUAGAAGACAAAAAGGAAGAUGCAAGCACUUGUGAAGAUACAGAAGUUUUUCAUAUGAAACAGUAUAUUCAUAAUGCUUGUGGUACAAUUGCAUUAAUCCACAGUGUUGGCAAUAAUCGAGACAUCAUAGAUCUUCAGAAUGGUUUUUUAAAAACCUUCCUAGAUAAGGCAAAGAAUCUUUCUUUUGUGGAAUGUGGAAAACUUUUGAUGGAGUCAGAUGGCAUUAGUAUCACUCAUAAAGAUGUAGCACAAGAAGGUCAAACAGAGGUACCAAGUGAUGAAGCACAAGUGUAUCAUCAUUUUGUAGCAUUUGUACACAAAAAUGGAAUUUUAUAUGAAUUAGAUGGACGUAAAUCUCCUCCUAUUAAUCAUGGUCCAACUAGUCCAGAAACACUGUUAGAAGACGCAGCACGCGUUUGUAAAGAAUAUAUGGCUCGUGAUCCAGAAGAAAUGUGCUUUACAGUUCUUGCUCUUGCUAAUAGUGAUGCAGCAGCAUUGUAACUUAUUACAUAUGAUGUAACAUAUGUGCUUUUUUUGUUCAAAUAAUUUAUUUUAUGUUGUAUAGUUACUUCUAUAUUACAUUUAUUAACAUCUGCU